AGCAUUUCACCAGCUUAUAUUGAUUAAUAAAUUGAAUAAACAAACACAAAUUUUUCAAUUUCCAAUUAAAUUCUGCAUGAUAAUUGGGAAAAUUAUUCACAUGGUAAAAAUCCAUUGGACAUCAUAUUUUUAUUUAAUGCGACCGAUGAAUAAACGGUUUAUGCGUAUAUGAAUAAAAUACACAUAAUGAUUGAGAUGUGAAACUAAAAAGUGUUUAGACCACGAGUGAGGCGGUAAAUGAUUGUACCCUUCAAUUUAUUUAAUCCUAAAUUUUGAUUAGGUGUAAUACAGAUGAUAUGAUUAUUGUCAAUUUUUUUAAUGCAAAUAACAUAUAAUGCGCAGAAUCCACAAUAGAAUAUGGAAACCUCUGCUGUGCUAUCCGUGUGCAUUAGAUCUGACAUCCCUUGUCCUUUUUUCAUCCCUUUCGUUUGGUGAAUGGUGCAGGCGAUCCGCAUCUCACGGCUUCUCUUUACAUUUAUCCAAUGUGCUGGUGAAAUAUAGAGCAAUAAUUAACGGGAUUUAUCAUUAUAAUAUUCAAUUGAUAAAUAAAAAUCAAUAUAUACAUAUAUAAUAAUUGAAAAUGAGACAGUUUUGAGCAAAUUAAACAUGUUUUACUACUAUUGUCCUAUCAUUCUUUAUUCUCACUGAUUUAUUGAUUGAAAAAUAAAGAGUAAAACUGAUGAUACUGGCGUGCAAUCGGCGCAAGUUAGUUUCGAUUGGCAUCUCUGACAUGAAAGUCGAUCAAUACACGUUCCUUCACUACCUCCACAUUUCUUUCUACAUGCGUUUCGGUUGAAUAACGCAAUGGAGAGCACGUUUACUCUCCAUCAAAAGAGUCCUGUUCCAUUGACUGCUGUAGGGCGUAUUCAGUGUCAAAACAACAACUCAUUGACAUGUUUACGUUACUAAUUUGGAAUUACUGGUAUUUAUGGGCUGUAAUAAUAGCAGGGCUAGUACUAGCCUCUGUAUAUGGUUGCUGGCUGUGGAAAAGACAAAAAAUAAUGAUAACUUGUUCAACUGAGAGUAUAGCAUCAUCUGACAGAAGAUAUUCAACUGCCUGUUAUCCUCCUCCACCUCAUUACAGUCCAUGCAAUUCAUUAAUUCAAACUUUACCGCCACCGUACAAUGAAGUAACAUCAAAGCCAGACCUCUAUCCUCUCGUUAUUGGAUUUGGAGAUGAAAGUAUGGGGAAAGGACCGUGCUCAAGCUUUGUAAUGCGAUACUUUCGUACACUCUCCCAUACAAGUACACUUGAUUCUCUGAGUUCAAGUUUUAUGUGUAAUGUUGUGAACGAGGCCAACACUAUUAUUCCACCUCCUUAUUCAAUCGAUUCAUGUAACAAUAGUAUUGAUGAAUUAUCAACCAUGGAGUGUGAGAGAGCACAUCUUCCCAAUGGAGGAUCCUUUGUUUCACUGGCUAAUAACCAAACAACUUCCGACAUAUCGAGUCUAGCAGCGCAAUCACCAUGUUCUCCCCCACGUGCUACCAGUCCCACCAUUGAAUUACGUGAACUACUUGAUAAAAUUCAGCAAUUGCCGCCCCACGACUCUUCAAUUAAUCGAAUAAAUUAUCAAAAUCGUCCACAAGCAUUGAAUUUUCGAGGAAUUCAAUCGUCAAUACAAGAUUUUUAUAGUCCUGGAGAGUAUAUAAACAGUAGCCGCUUACGGCGAACACGCGGAGGUAAAACUUACAUGCCUCUUGGUCAGAUGACUGCAAGGAAUAAUAAACCAAAGUAUUGGCUAUCGAGAUCGGCUCCAACAACUCCAUCGGGCACAAUACCCCUGACUUUUAUACCCGGUGUUCAUAAUCCAUUGAGGCCCUUAGAUACUACUCAUCAUCGUCAUUAUAAUCAUCAUCAGCAAGCAAUUCCCUUGCUUUCGGAACAAGAUGAAAAUUCCAUUCCACCGAAUUCUGCUGAGGGCUCAUUUUUCACCGAGAACGGCGAACAAUUACAACAAUUAUGACUAUUUAUGUCAUAUUGUAUGAUAUAAAUAUAUUUCAAUUUAUAAAGCUCAGAUGAGAACCUCAAACAAUUUUAGUAAUUGUAAAAAUUUGAAUCCUCUUAUUUAAGACUGUUAAAUUACAAGACAAGGACAUUAUUCCUCUCGUUAGCAAGAUAUUUUUUAUUCGAAAAAAAUUGCCACUCGUAUUGCUAUAUGCUCAAUGGAUUCAGACAGCCCUGCAUUGGGCAAAUAGUUUUUCAGUCGAAAAAAAAGUCAAAAUUUAUUUAAUGCAAAUCUUCAAACUCUUUUCAUGAGUAACAAUAAAAUUGUAAAAUUUGAUAGAUCAAGAGUGGCAUAAAAAUUAUCUUGUUAUAUGUAAAAAAUGAAAAUAAUAAUAAUAAUGAUAAUAAAAUACAGUGAAGAAGAAAAGUAAAAAUACGAAGGAUUUUGGACUUGUAAAUUGAUGAGUUCCCAUUCCCCCAUUCUAAAAGUGUUACAAUGCCACAGAAUAAUACCAAAGAGGUUCAUCAAUUUUAAUGUUUAAAAAAUACAUCUAAAUUACAUGAUUAUUAUUACUGUGAAUAAACAUUUACUGCACCCAGUGCAUGAAUAAUGCAGAGAAAAAAAAUAAUAUAAAUAUAAAAAAUUAUACAAACUAUACCAAUGAAUAACUAGACGAAUAAUAAUAAUAAAUUAUUAUUAUUAUUGCGCUGUGAAAAAAUCACAGUAGUGAAUGUGAAUCCCUUAAUUUCAGUUACUAAAACAACACAUAGAGUGAGAAUUUCGUAAUAACGAUGCUCAUGUACCACUUUGUCUCUACGAUGACGAUAAUAUGACAACAAUGUAGAUACUUGAUAUAAAGUAAGUUAAAUGAUAAUUCUAUAGCUGAUCACCUCUUUUCGCUCGAAAAAUAAUGUUAUUAAAAUACCUGUGCAUCAAGUAUUGUCAUGUAUUUUUUUAUAAAUAAAUGUAAUACUAUGAAAAAUGUAAUAAAAAUAUUAAUUCAAAA